AUGCUGGUUGUAGCUGGACAUCAAGGCGAUGCUACUACACGUCGCCAUCAGGCGAUGGACAGCGCCAGAUGUGCUGUGCUGGACAAGUGGGCGACAAGCUUAUCUCUUCCCUGGUCUCCUACACGUCUAUCUGAGCCCAAUCUGCUUCCACUACCUGCUGGAGCAAGUGCAGCCCUUGUGAAACCCACGAAGUAUCACUAUUACCCCCACAACCAACACAUUUAUCUGUUACCAGAAUGUGCCAUACAACAGGUAUGUAAUGCUGUUUACGUGAGACUCAACUGGACUCAGCCUCUGUGUGCCUGUCCCUCUAGAUACAGAGAUCCAUGCUCAGCUUCUCUCAAUUCAGAUGAUCUCCAUACCACAGAACUUAUGACAGAUAGAAACUCAAGGAAGGCUCUCACUUUGGUCAAAACUUGCGAACCAACAGCUGAAAUGAGGUUAUGUCGGUCUCCAAGGGACUGGUCACUUCUAGCCCUUCAAAAUGUGCGAAGUGGAAAAUCACAUUAUCUUGUAAUUUGCAGGUGUCCAGACUCAAGCAUAUUAGAGGGUCCUAUGUCCCAUGACCAACCCACUUACGCAAGUGUACCGGGAAUUCGGGUUUUUGGAAUGAUGUGCGUUGAUGGAAGAAGAGGAAAAAGGCAAUCCAGACUACUGGAAUCUCUAGAAGCGCCCCGAUUCCCAGUUGAGAAAAUUUCCGAAUUAUUACAAAGUGCUUCGUGGGCNACACAUUCAGAACUCUUUGCUCUGAUGAACAUGUUGAGGGGGAGAAGGAUAAAAAUAUAA